AUGGGAACUGAGCGCUGGGACCGUGACCGUGUGUAUGAGCGGGAUCGCUUCGAAGAUGAUAAAUACUACAUGAGAGGUGGUAGGGGCCGGGAACAAUCCGAAGAUCGAUAUGACAGACGUCGCUUCUAUGAGGAUGACUUUGUGCGGGACCGACGGUACCAUGAUGACGACCUCCGAUACGAACCCAGAAGAGAGCCCGCUCGACAUCCAGAAAUCGAUCGCCGUGUGGUCAUGGAGAAGGAGAGAGACCGAGAUUACUAUCGGGAUAACUCUCCUCGUAGACCUGCUUUUCUCCGACGACAAUCAUCCCUUGACACCUAUGAUCGCCGUCCCAUUCGUCACGUCCUAGAUCAGCGUGAAGAGUAUCCGCCUCCAGCCAGGCGAGAGGAUAUAUUCAGGGACGAAUACCGGGCUCCAGCUUAUACGCCUAUUCCCAUUCCAAGGGCCAGGGGUCUUCCACCGCCUGGGCGACGAGAUGACCGAUACUACGACGACUAUCGCCCAGAGUCGGAGUACCAUCCGGAUGAUGAUUAUCGACACAUGCCGGAGCGUAUUAGAGAGCGGGAAGUCAUUAGAGAACGGGAGAAGCGUGACAGAAGCCGAGAGUCAAAGGCUACUCGGUCGCACACCCACCGUAGCAGCUCACGGUCAUCCAGCUCUUCGUCCAGCAGUGCCGGGGGAGCCACUCUUCGUAGCGAAUACCCAAAGAAGGGUAAAACCAAGAUUCCCGCACGUCUGGUCUCCAAAAGGGCACUCAUUGAUCUCGGAUAUCCUUACGUCGAAGAGGAUACCACCAUUAUCGUUCAGAAAGCCCUGGGCCAAGAAAACAUCGAUGUGCUGCUAAAAUUGAGCGAAGAAUAUAUCAAGGUUGACCAAGAAGUCAUCGCCGCCCGCUCUUCUGCCGGCGACAUCAUUGAGGAGCGGAGAAAGGAGACCUUUGUUGAGGCACCUAUCCCACCACCUCCUCCACCUGUUGCUAUUCCAGCACCGCCUCCCGCUCCCAUCGUUGUUCCUCCCCCUGCUCCUGCUCCCGCUCCUGUUAUUGUAGAAGCAGGCCCUCGCGGUUCGGGACACAUCGACGUUGUCGACCGAACUGUCAUUCGUGAAUCGUCGCCGUCGCGAAGCUCUAGUAGCUGGGAUUCCGGCCACCAUCAUCACCACAGACAUCACCACCACCAUGAGGACGGUGCACUUGUCGUCGUGCCUCGUUCACGAUCUCGCUCUCGGAGCCGUCGUGAAAUUCGGGCAGAGAUUAAAGCACUAGAGCGGGAACUGGUGCACCGACCACGGGGUGAAGUCGAACGCGAAGUCGUACGGACCGAGAGAUUGCCAGAUGGACAGCUUGUGGUUUACGAAGAGGAAGUGGAAAGGACAGUUGCGCAUCCUAAACCUCCCAGGAUUGAGAAGGACAAGAAAGGACCACCACCAGCUCUAAUGCGAGCCAUGCUGGGCACUCUGACCUAG